AAAAAAAAGCUCGGAUGACUUGCGGUAUGUCGCUCGUUUGGUGCUUUUCUCUUUUACCACCCCCACAUACCUCUCGCACCCCUCCCUCUCUCCACUUGCCAUGGUCCCGCGGACCGGUGGGAGAGAACCCGUAUGCACAUCAUCAGCCGCGGAUGCGAGACGGAGACAGACAGGCGGGGACCCAUGCUUCAAAAGGAUGGGUAUGUGAAUGCAAAUGGUAUCGACGGACGAACGUAUGCAGGUACUCCACACGUAAGUACUUACAAAUACACGAACGCACACACCAAAGGAUGAAGGCGCUGCUUGUGUAAGGAGACCAAGGCCUAGAUGACGAUGUAAAAGCGUGUGUUUUGUCAAACCUUGUAUUCCUGGUGGUACGCGCGUGGGACCACGCUUGCGCACUGCCUUACCGAUCACCAAUACGCGCUUGCACCAACCAACACAAAAGCCUGUCAGAAUACCAAGAGAUAAAUUU